UUCAUUUCUCUGUUUGCUUUUACACAGGGUUAAAUCCUGGCUCCACUGAAGUAAAUGAGGUUUUGCCAUUGAUUCUGAGGGAGGUAGGAUUUCAUUCACGGUAUUUAAAGGAGUGAGAUUUAUCUUGAAACUGAGUGAGUGGUGUGAUCUUGAGUCUCCGCUACUGCUUACAGAGAUUGCAUUUAAGUGACAAAACAUUGUAACCAUCCAGUGGUCUUUAUAAAAUGAGUUUGGUGACCUGUGUCCACUUCCCAGUGAGCAAGUAUCCACAUCACAAACCACUCCUCAUUAAACAGAGAGGCCAAAGCCAGAAUGGUCAUGAAGAAUAAGCUACCCAACCUCUGACCUUGAUAGGUAGUCUCACCAGGGAAAAUGGAGGCUGAAUAUUAGGAAAACCUUGACUGUGAGCUCUGUUACACUGUCUCCCCAGUGAAAAUGGAAGCACCUUCACUUUGGGUCACUUUAAAAUAGAUUGGACAAAGUAAUGUGUGUUGUACUGUAGGGAAGAGAAGAACCCAGGACUGGACUAGAUGAUCUCACAGGUCUCCUGACUAAAUUCUGUUUUUUGUGAAAGUAGAAUUAUUAUGAGCGCUAGACUUUGGUGACCCAAAUGUAUACUUGGAAUGAAUUGAAAAGGUCAAAUAUAGCCAAGUCCCCAUAUACUCACUGGGAAGCUUGGUGUAUAUACUGCAUCAAGGCCUCUGAAUUCUCUUGCACUUUAAGGCAGCAGGACAGAUUCUGUGGUAGUUUCAAAUGAAUUUUGAAAGGGAGAGUUUUAUUAAACUAAAUUUGAAAAUGAAUAAUACAAUCAGUGCAGAUAUUAAAUUUGGCUUAUUUUAAGAAGUCCUGUAUAUUUUGUUUUUAUUUGUGUAGCGAAAUUCUGUAUUGAAAACACAUUGGAUUCAUAGAAAUUGUUAAGAGGGAAAUAUUCUAUUGGGUUUUUUGGCAGCAGGGUAGGAGGGAAGUGGGGCUUUUGGCACUGGGGAAGGUGUGGCAGGUGUUCUGAGUCAGUAGGAAUAAGUACAUUGUUUGGAUGUUUCUACUUAAAGGAUCAACAGCUAACUAGCUACCCAUGGUCAUGUUUAAAUUGUUAUCAUUAGAUUUCAAAGUUACCAACUUACUGAGAUGAAUGGAUGCAGUUCACACACCAAGCUAAUGUUUCAGGCUCUCUGGAGACUCAGCCAGACAUCCCUGCAUCAGUUUGCACUCUGUUCGCAGUUGGAAUGUUUCCUUUACUAUCAUAAGGGUCAGGAACUUUGUUUCCCUUUGAAAUGAAAGCUCGGAUUCCAUAUCAUGAUUCCAUGACAAAUUCCACUGCUGCAGAAGGUGAAAGGGGAUCUGUAUAAUUUAACAGGACACUGUUUUCUAUAAGAGACCUGGCACUCCUCUGCAGAUGGGGAAGAGGAGUCGGUGUUAGUAACAGUAGUGCAAUAAGAGCUCAUUGGUGUGGCACUUGAGGGAUGUAUGAAAAGCAGUGUUAUAGCCGAAAGUAAAAGACUCUGGAAUUAGAUCUCUCCGUAGUGUAUCCUGACACGAUUGUUGAAGGUAGUGCACGUCCCCCAGCUCCUUCACGUUGACUGACACAUCGUGUGCAUGUCUACAAUGCUAGUGGGUAAAACGAGGCCACAGAGCAGUAGAAGAAAGGGGAAGAGCAGCACUGUAUCCAUGCCUCUGUCUGGGCCUCCAUCCCAUGAAAUAAUUGAUUCUAAAAUGAGCUUGUGGACCAGUAGAACAGCAAUGUUGUAUCCAUGAGCGGAUCCCUUUGAAAUGAUGCUAAAGUCCCUGUUGAGGUACCAGUCUGGACUCAGUGGGGAUGCGGGGGAGAGUCACCUGAGGAAAAAGCUGUAUGAAAACGGUGUGACCAAGUCCCUGCAGAGUAAUUUUGCUGUCAUCCAGAAGCUGUCUGAAGAGUUGCUAGCAAAAUGGCUGUCCUUUCCUGAGUCUCAACAUGUGCCCCUUUGCCAACACAUGCUGGGCUUUGCCAUGAAGUCUGUCACACAGACUGCAAUGGGCGGUAGUUUUGAAGAUGACCGGGAAGUAAUUCGAUUCCGCAGGAACCAUGAUGCAAUAUGGGCAGAAAUUGGAAAGGGUUUCUUGGAUGGGUCACUUGACAAAAGUAUGACCAGGAAAAAGCUAUAUGAAGAUGCUCUGAUGGAAAUGGAAUCCGUCUUAAAGAAAGUCACAAAGGAGCGGCGGGGCAGGAGCUUCAACCGACAUGUCUUCAUAGACUCCUUACUGCAGGGGAACCUGAGUGACAAGCAGAUUCUGGAAGACACGAUGAUAUUCUCUCUGGCAGGGUGUGUGAUCACGGCUAACCUAUGCACCUGGGCAGUUUAUUUCCUGACGACAUCAGAAGAAGUCCAACAGACUCUCUACAAGGAGGUGGACCGAGUUCUUGGAAAGGGCCCACUUACACAUGAGAAAAUUGAGCAGCUCAGGUAUUGCCGGCAGGUCCUGUGUGAGACGGUGCGGACAGCAAAGCUUACGCCAAUUGCCGCACGGCUGCAGGAGCUGGAGGGAAGAAUUGACCAGCAUAUUAUUCCCAAAGAGACUCUUGUGCUAUAUGCUCUGGGUGUGGUGCUUCAGGACAGCUCAGCUUGGGCAUCACCCUAUAAAUUUGAUCCAGACAGAUUCAGUGAUGAAUCCGCUAUGAAAAACUUUUCCUUACUGGGCUUUUCGGGAAGUCAGGAGUGCCCAGAGUUGAGGUUUGCAUAUAUGGUGGCCACAGUACUGCUGAGUAUGUUAGUAAGGAAAUUAUAUCUGCAUCCCGUGAAAGGGCAGGUCAUGGAGACCAAAUAUGAGCUGGUAACCUCGCCAAAGGAAGAAGCAUGGAUAACUGUAUCCAAGAGAAGCUGAGUGAACAAAGCCAGGAGUGAGUUAGUGAGAGAGAGAGAGCGCGUGCGCGCCUCAAAAAGGAACCCUCCUCCAUCAUGCUGAACUGGUCAAGGGUUUAACGUCACCGUUUCAUUACCUUCCAUGUUCUUAACCCAGCAGCCUCUUGGCAUUUUUUGUAACUCAAAAAAAUUGUCAUAUUAAAGUAGAUUUAAUUCUUA